UAUAAACAAAAACCUCUUAAACCUUCGGUCUCCAGCCUACCCACCACAGAACUAAACAAGAUCCAACCCAGCUAACCAGUUAACUUAGCCAAUGUUAGUUUACCUUUGUAGGUGGACUAACAUUAAGCUAGCCAGUUAAAUCUUUGUUAAUAUAGGCUAAAUACAAACCGACCUCAUCAAUCCUGAGUAGCAAUGGCAUACAUCAGGACAUACAGCUCACGUGUUCAUAUUGGGAACUGGACAGAAGAUGUUGCUCUUGAGGAGGAUACUCUGAAGGACUUCUUGGACAGGCGGGAGAGAGGAGAACUUACCAUUCAGAAAACAGGUCUUCUCAAACAAAAUAUCCUAAAAAAGGUUGAUUUGUCAGUGUCAACUGAUGGAUGGUUGCACUUUGGGGACACAGUCAUGCUGGUCAACCCUGGGUCUGAAAGACGCCACAGUGCUUCUCACCAGCAGAAGACACCGCAAGAUCCUGCUGCCAUUGGGAUAAAUGCUGAUGUAAGCGGACUUAGUGCAAACUCUUCCAUAGGGGCUCCGUGUGCUGUCAGUGGAACCAGGACCUUUGAACCAUCUGCUAGGACCGCCUUUGUAAUCACAAGUGUGGAUGGAAGUCCAGUGGGUGAGACUCUGAAGUACAAUCAACGUUUUGCUCUGCGAACAACAAACGGGUUUGCAGGAGGGUUGUGGCUGGAGAGCGAUCUUAAGACUCCCCUGAAGUAUGCCAAGAUGUCACGCCUACAGGAGGUUAGCCUCACAGAUGAGCCCUCAUUCCUGAGCUGUUGGAAUGUUGUGUACUUCGAUCCGCAGGAGCGUCUAGAGUAUGAGGGUCUGCCUGUACCUGUGAAUACAAAAGUGCUUAUUGCUCAUUGCAAGACAAACCACUGCUUGGGUGUCCUUGGAAAUUAUGUUUUAUGGACAUCGUUUGGAAAAGAAUAUGAAGUGGUGGCUCAAACGUUUCUGGACUCCCAUAAGGCUGAAUGUGAUGUUAAUCACUGGCUAUUUGUUACUGCCAACCCUGGAAUGGAGAGCCAGGCAAUUCUGGACAGGCCUGACCCAAUGGCAAACACCACAGCCACUGAGAACCUGGAGAAUCAAUUUACUGAGUCAAGUGAUAAUAGAUUAGCUGAUAAAAAACAGGACAUGUAAUUUAAUGAAAUGUAUGUAGCCUAGAGGUACUGAAUAGUCUUAACAGCCAAUGAUAUGGCUAUAUUGUAUGUGAAACUUAGGCUGUCUAUAUACUAUCUAUAUUAAAAACAUACUGCUAUAUAUUUAAACUAUGCUUAAAAUUUUACAUACAUUCACAUAAGGUCCAUUUUUUAAUACGUUCAUCUGAUUAUGCUUACAUCUUUGAAUAUAGCACAUAUUUCUCAGCAUCUAGUGUUGCUUUCCUUUUAGAGGAAACCUUGGCUGGCUGUAAAAUGCAGUUGUAGUAAUUUAUGUAACCACUAGAGGCUGACAAAGGCUUACAUUCAAAAGGCAUUAUCCACAUGGUUUCAGUAAAUCUGAGAGUGGUGAACUACUUAUUGGCACAAUGAGCAGCACCUGAUAUUCUCACUAAAGGGGGGGGGGGGGGGUUACCACCUAUAAAUGGUAUGAUAUGUGUCAAUAAAAAAAAAAAAUAAUAAUUAUGGUCAAAUGAUGUGAUGCGUUCCAAUUUAAGUCAUUUGUCUUGGAACUAAUCUUGUUUCUUGGCCAAAAAACACAAUAUUAAUUGAACACAAAUGGAUACAACCGAGCAAGGCAUUAAUAUGUGCUUGGGUGAAGCCAAAACUAAAUUUUUUGCAUUGACCCUAGAUGGAAGAUUAACUCUAUAAGACUAAUACUUGUUAUAUAGUCAAAUGUGUUUACCAAAAAAAAUGCCCUUCUUGAUUAUAAAGUCACUAACUCGGUUAUCAUGUUAAUUGCUAUACUUGUACCGUGCAGUACAUGCUCUUGCUAUCUCAGGUUAUA